CUAAUUAUAUACAAGUCGAUUAUUGCUAAUCUAAUAUUACCAUUUAUCUAUUCUGUGAUAUUACUGACUUGGUGACUUUUAACAUUCCACCCUCCGUAGAGCGUGAUUCUAUUUUAUAUAUUAUAUAGGUAUGCACGGUUAUACUAUUAAGUAUAACUUAAACCGUGUACACAUGUAUUUUUUUCAUCCCUCUCUCUCCUUUUCCCUUAAUACUAUCUUAUAUUUAAAAUUUAAUUGGAAUUUUUGUCCGUAAUAAACAAUGGUAUUAUUAUGUCUGUGUCAUUGCGUGCUGCCGUGCUCCUUAGUCCGUACCACACAGUCCAGUGGCUGACAAGUAUUUUGCUUUUACAUAAUAUAGCUUAUAUAGUUUAAAUUAAAAAUUGGUGCACCAUGUUAUGUGGAAAAUAUUUUUUGUUAUGUGUUACAAGUUGUUUAUUUUUUUUUAAAUUCAAAACUGUCUGUGGAUAUUCAAGAUACUACCAUUAUGUUGUGGGAUGUCCUAAGACAUUGAUUGAUAUUAAAGAUUUUGAACGUGACCUGAAAGAAAGUUUUUUUGGGCAACAUAUUGCAUCAAAAACUGUAGUAUCUGCUUUAGCAGGUAAUUUGCAUCGUAGUAAAUAUAACAAAAAACCAUUGGUAAUGUGUUUUCAUGGUUCCAGUGGUACUGGUAAAAAUUAUUUAUCUGAUUUAAUUGCUAGUCAUAUGUUUUAUUGGGAAAAAGUAAAAAAUUUACGAUAUCAUGUUAUUCAUGGACGAUCUGAUUUUCCUAUGACAUCACAAAUAGAGCAUUAUAAGAAAAAACUUCAUUCUGAUGUGAUAUCUGCUAUAAAAUCAUGUGAUACAAAUGUAUUUGUUUUUGAUGAAGUCCAUUAUAUACCCAUGGGUAUAUUAGACAUACUAGCACCUAUUCUUGAAAACAAUGAUGUGUCCAUCGAUUCUAGGAAUUCAAUUUUUAUAUUUUUAACUAAUGCGGGUAGUGAUUAUAUUAUACAAAAGUCUUUAGAUAAUUUGACCAACGGAUUUUCUAGAAAGAAUAUGAAAGUUGAAGAUUUUGAUACUAUUUUACUAAAAUCUGCUUUCAAUGAAGAAGGAGGUUUGAAGAGAAGUUCAUUAAUAGAUUCCCAUAUUAUUGAUUUUUAUGUUCCAUUUUUACCACUCGAAAAAAAUCAUGUGCAACAGUGUAUGGAGGCAGAGUUGAAACAUCUAGAAAAACAUUUGGAUUCUGAAACAAAAAGUCAAAUAUUACGUAUGAUUACAUUUGGUCCCAAGCCUGAAAAGAUAUUUUCUACUGUUGGUUGUAAAAGAAUUAAAGCAUGGAUUUCAACUAAAACAUAUAAUAAUUAAAUUGGAUAUUUUUAAAGAACACUGUGUGACAUAAACAUUUGGAAAAAACCAAUCUGAAAAUAAGUAUUUAUUGAAAUAUAUAUUUUAUAACGUUGUAUAA